AUGACGCCAGCGGAGGCGGAGCAGGCAGCGGCGGCAGAGGGCUGCACCGCGACGGCGGAGGAGGGUGCGCUGCUGUACGCGCGCGAGCUGGGAACGGAGGCGUCAGCAGCAGCGGCGGCAGCGGCGGCGGCCGAGUCUAUGACGGCGGCGGAGGCGGAGCAGGCAGCGACGGCAGAGGGUUUGACACUGGUGCGCUCGUCGCGCUCCAGCACCGGGUUCGAAGGCGUGUACGCAAAGUCGAAACGCAUCGGCUUUGCGGUGAGCCGCAGGGUUGAUGGUAGAAUGCAGCAUAUUGGCUGCACCGCGACGGCGGAGGAGGGAGCGCUGCUGUACGCGCGCGAGCUGGGAACGGAGGCGUCCGCAGCAGCGGCGGCAGCAGCGGCAGCGGCGGCAGCGGCGGCAGCGGCGGCAGCGGCGGCAGCGGCGGCAGGGGCGGCGGAGGCGGAGCAGGCAGCGGCGGCAGAGGGCUUGACACUGGUGCGCUCGUCGCGCUCCAGAAGCGGGUUCGAAGGCGUGUACGCAAACUCGAAUGGCAACGGCUUUGCGGUGAGCCGCAGGGUUGAUGGGAGAAAGCAGCAUAUUGGCUGCACCGCGACGGCGCAGGAGGGUGCGCUGCUGUACGCGCGCCAUUUUGGCGCGGAGGCAUCGGCUGCGACCGAUGCAGCGGAGGACGAGUACGCGGGACGCCAGGCGGUCGAGAUGUCGAAUGCAGCCGUAGAAGGGAGUAGAGAGGCACAACCAGCGACGGCGUCAAGGACGCGGCCCAGGCACAAGCUCAUCCACGGACGGCGCGUGCAGCGGCUGAUGGGUCUGCCCGCCGAGAUACACGCCCUCGUGCUCGAGCACCUCGCAGCCAGCGCGCCGCCGGCCAGCUUCGUGGCGUGCGCCGCCGCCUGCGCUGCGCUCUUGGAGGUGUACAUGCGGCACCGCGCUCAGCUCUGGUGCUCUGCGCUCAGCCGCCGGGUUCGCCUCCAGGGUGCCCUGCCCGGUGUUCAGCGCGACUGGCAGGCACUCUACCGCGCAUUACUCGGCGGGCGCGACGGGCUCGAGGCCAAGGGGUGGGCGGACGACAACAAGCUCGACAAUGCGGACGAGAUGCGCCACGCGUGGUGGCAGGCCGACGCGCUGGCGUUCAGCGCCGCCAACGGGCUGGUGCUCGUGCGCUAUCGCGGGUACGAGGACGAGGGUGAAGACGAGUGGAGGCCACUCACGCAGCUGCGCCCUUACGAGGAGCGGCCCUCCGCAUUGUGGCGCUCGACGAAGCGGACCAAGGGUGAGGCGGUGGAGGUGGCAUGGGCGCCGCCAGACCACCCCACUGCUAGGUGGGAAGCCAAGGUGAUCGCGGUCCGCGCACGCAAGGCGAAGGUGCGCUUCCUCGGAUUUGACGCGAGCUGGGACACCUGGCUCCCGCAUGACUCGGACGAACUGUUCCCGGCACGGGCGGGGAUUCCCUCCAACCCGUCAACUUAG